UCGAGCGUAGCGCGGGCGACAGCCACCUGGCCCGCACUGUCACCCCGAUCUAGCGCCCGGCCGACGCCCCGGAGGAGAUUGCGAUCAGAGCGCCAGGGGACACCUCCUUACUGACAGCCAUGCAGCCGAGCGGGGAAGAGUUAUGACAAUCACAGAGACAGCUGGAGGCACUGUUUGGGCUCAGUGACCGCUGGUUUCCGAUGUAUCCGGCGAUGUCGCCGAUGGGUACAAGUGACGACGCGACCCUGCGGCGCAUGCGCACUGCCCACGACCAAUCAGCGCUCAAGUCGGCGCCCAGCAGCCUCAUGAUGGAAGUGGCCAUCCGGUGCACCGUGCCCAGCUGUUCCUGCGAGUGCUUCAGCCCUGGGAAGAGCAACGUCCGAUACUGCGACGGCUGCAGCCACAGCUGGGUGCCGCAUGCGCUGGACAAGCUGGGCGGCCAGACGACGGUGCAGGCGAACGCCGCCUUCGACAUCGCGAGCCUCGUGCUGUACGGCUGCCAGGCGCUGCCCAUCAGGCUCAAGAUCCUGCUGGACAGGCUCUUCUCCGUGCUGCGCCGCGACGAGCUGCUGCACGUGCUCGCCGGCUUCGGCUGGUCGCUGGACGACUACGCACGCGGCUACAUCCUGCAGCUGUCGGACGGCACGCCGCUGGAGCGGUGGCACAUGUGCGCGGCGGACGAGGAGCCGCUGGUGGUGCGGCAGUUCCUGCGUUUCAGCGAGACGCGCGCGCUGGCGCUGCAGCUGCUGGCCGCCGACGUGCGCCGCGCGCUCGCCUCGCCGCCUCCCGUCGUGCUGCCGCCGCCCUCGCCGCCCAUGACGCCGCCCCACCUGCCGCAGCAGCACCACGCCAACAACCAACACCACCACCACCACCACCACCACCACGGUAGCCACCACCACCACCACCACCAGCACCAGCACCAGCACCAACACCAACACCAGCAGCAGCAGCAGCUGGCCGCGUCCAGCGCCAGCCGAGCGCCGCCGCCGGCCGCCGCCUCCAGCGCUAACGGCAAGGCGCCGUCGCCCUCCGACUGGAGCGGCGCCAAGCAGGCGGCGGCGGAGGCGAACGGCGGCCCGAUGAACCUCAGCACGGGCGGGCGCACCGCCGCCAAGCCCGCAGGCCCACCGCCUUACUCGGCGGUCGCCCCACUACCUGCCAGCGGACGCGCCGCCCCCAACGGCGGCCGCAAGUACACCGUGGCCGACAUCCUCAACGGCGGCUGCUCCGAGGAGCGCUCCCCGCUGGCGCACAGCGCGCUCAACCUCAGCCGCGACGCGCUGGACGGCCUCAGGAUGCGCCCGGCGCCGCCCAAGCCGCCUCCGCCGCCCCCGCCGCCGCUGACGCCGCAGCAGCAGCAGCAUCAGCAGCAGCAGCACCAACAGCAGCAACUGCCAUCUCAGCUGCCGGCUGCGGCGGCCACGUCGACACCGCUCAAGCGCCAGUGGCGCUCCGGCUCGUGCGACCUGCCCAUUAACCUGGGCACACAAAUCGUCAACCCCACCACCGGCAAGAAGCGCGUCCAGUGUAACGUCUGCUUCAAGACCUUCUGCGAUAAGGGCGCUCUCAAGAUACACUUCUCCGCCGUCCACCUGCGAGAGAUGCACAAGUGCACCGUGGAGGGCUGCAGCAUGAUGUUCAGCUCGCGGAGGUCGCGCAACCGGCACAGCGCCAACCCCAACCCCAAGCUGCACUCGCCGUACCUGCGGCGCAAGAUGUCUCCGCACGACGGGCGGUCUGCGCAGGCGCGCCAGAUGCUGCUGCCGCCCCCCGCCGCCGCCGCAGCCGACCCGCUGGCGCUGUCCUCGGCCCUCGGUUCGCUGCCCUUCCCGCCCUUCCCGCUGCUCAUGCCGCCCCCGCACCUGCUCAAGCACGGACUCGACAUGAGGUUCAGCGAGGAAUGCCGCCAGGAACAGUGGAAUAGUGUGAGCCUGGCAAGGCCUGUGGAGGACAACGCGGCGUCGAGCAGCAGCAGCCGACCCACCGAGGAGGACGACAUGUUCGACGACGACGACUACGGCAUCGUCGUCGACGGAGACAUGGACGACGACGAGAUGGAAGAACGCGACGAAACUGACGACCAUUCUUCGAAGAACGACGAGGCGGAAGACGCCAGCGUGACCGACUCGCAGGCCAGUGGGGCGCAGCUCAGCGUCGAGACCAAGACUGACGAAGAGGUGCAGAGCAACCCGGAAGGCGGCGACGCCCCUCUGGAGCCGGCCGACGGCGCCGGCCUCAAGCAGGAGCAGGCCGCGGACGGCGUCUCGUCCCCGAAGAGUUCCCGCAAGAGGAAGAACAGAAAUCCGACGCGCUUCAUGGUGUCAAACCACAAAGAAGGUACGACGUCGGCAGAGGACGGGUCUGUGUGUGACGAAACGUACGACUCGGCUGCUUGUAAUGAGGAGAGGAGUGACAACGGAAGACUGACGGCGCAGGUGAAAAUGGAGCCGAUGGAAGAGGACGAGAAGGUAAACGCGAAAGAAGACUGGCAAGGAAGACAGGAGAGUGAAGACGCGGCGCACUGUGAGAGUGCCAGGAGUGACAAUGCCGACUGCGAGUCCAGCAGGAUAGGUCCUGACGAACAGUGUUGGGAGAAAAAGGAAGAAACUGCGAGCGUGAAAUUAGAGCCCGACUACCAGUCUGCCUCCUGCGGGAGUAUCAAGCGGGAGUUCUCCGACCAGAUGGCGGCAGCGGCGGACCAGGCUGCCGGUGGGUUCUACUACCAGCGCCACCAGUCCGCCGACUCCUCGUUCAGCGUGGGCAGCGCGCUGCAGCAGCUGGAGUGCCUCUCGCAGCGGCAGUUCAGCGGCCUGCAGUACCCACAGCACGGCACCGGCCAGCAGAGCCCCGCCUCGGCGGCGCCGUCCACCAGCCCCUCCGGCUCGUCCAAGGACUCGAGCGGCGGCUGCGACGACUGCUGCCUGCCCGAGGUGGACCCGGAGAACCCGCGGCGCUGCCCCGUCUGCGGCGACGUGCUGGCCGACGUGUUCGCGGUGCGCGCGCACAUGCAGAGCGCGCACAUGCGGCUGGUGCACGCGUGCAGCUUCCAGGGCUGCAAGGCGGCCUUCCCGUCGCGCCGCAGCCGCGACCGCCACAGCGACAACCUGCGCAUGCACCGCCGCCUGCUGUCCGCGCCGCACUCGGACGCAGCGUCCGCCGCCGCCGCCGCGCUCUUCGCCGAUAUGAUGGCCUACAGCGACGCCGCCAGCGAGGCGUUCGCCAAGCAGUGCCAGCCCAGGUCUGUCGACAUGUGAACUGGAACUGAUCCGAGGUGCUCCAGAGCCGGUGCUGCCUCACUACUUCCCCAGUCCUCCCCCAGGUCUGUCGACAUGUGAACUGGAACUGGUCCGAGGUGCUCCAGAGCUGGUGCUGCUUCACUACUUCCCGAGUCCUCCCCUAGGUCUGUCGACAUGUGAACUGGAACUAAUCCGAGGUGCUCCAGAGCCGGCGCUGCCUCACUACUUCCCCAAUCCUCCUACUGUGCCGCUGUUUAGAAACCGACCAACCACCUCGAACGAGUAAUCCAAUAAACACUACUUUUCGCGCUUCCCCGUCAGUGCCGCGCUACCGCUCAUCAGCGCACUAAUGCCCAGCCGUAGUACUGCUCUCUGAAACAAGGUCUAGAAGACACAUGUGAAGUCGCUAGGCACCCGUUCCCUAAUCAGUGCCACCACAAGUGUUUCGACAUCUGAACUGACCCGAGGUUCUUCAGAACCGAUAUGCCUCAGUACAACUCCUGUCCUCCUACUGUGCCACAGUGGAGCAGAGGAAGCGAACUCUUUGGGUCGAGUAACCCUAUAACAUUACUUCUCAUGCUGGCCUAUCAAAGCCAGGAAGUGAUCUACUGGUAAAGUGAUGCAUAUACAUAAUUGCCGUCUUCAAAGUCACGUUUAGUAACCUCACAUUUUUAAUACGUCAAAACUUUUCCCUCUAUUUUAAAUUCAGAAAAAUUUUGUGCCAUCUAACAAGGACACAAUACAAAGCCUAUUAGAAGACAGCAAUAUUCUGUAUGUAUACAUACAGGACAGAUGUUAACGUUCGUGCUGUGACGCAUGUCAGAAGGGAAUGAACCUUUCAACUUUCUUCUACAGUUCAAAGAUGGAGCAGUACUAGCUAGUGACUGACGCCAAGUUCUAUUUGAAACUAUACAGAGAAGAUAGCGAGCACACUUGCUAAUCAGAAUAUUGGGGAUGCUAAACGGGAAAAAACCCUUGAUACUGUCGAUAACCUACACUGGAGUCAUACAGGAUUAGCAGUAAGAGAUGAGUUGGACAGUUGUGAUAUCUGUAAUUGGAGAUUGUGGAAUGUUUUCGACUGAUUGUGAUUGAUUCGUCAGCAAGAUGAUAAACUGGUGUAAUGCUGAUGCAAGUGAAUAUAUGACGGAGUUGAUGUUGUCGAAGUCAAGCAAUUUAAAAUGUUGACUGGACAAAAGGAGUACAUUUAUGUAUACGACUUUAUUGGUAAAUAUGUGUAAAAUAAUACCUACGCAGGAAGGACAGCAGAGAUGAAGAAAGAGACAGAGACAGACAGGGAGAGAGAGAGAGAGAGAGAGAGAGAGAGAGAGAGAGAGAGAGAGAACGUUUGGAAGAGUAGAGAUCAAUGCCAGACAGACAGAAGUUUGUCAUCUGAGUCGGCAGAUCAACACAUGAAGUGGUGUAUGUGAAGCGUGCAGUACGAGUUGAUAACAUGCCAUUAUGAUUCAUCCAAAAUUAUACGUUUUAACUGUAUGUAAAACAAUACAGAUACUUACACAGGAAAUGGUCUGCCCUUAGAUGCCACGUUCGUGAUGGUUUGUUACCACACAAACUUCAGCUUGCGGACAGGUUAUUUCCGUUAUUGUUGUACGCUUCCCCAUAACGAAUCAUUACGUGAUUAAGUGAGCAUGGUCAUGCUUGAGGCAGAAGUAUGAAUGCAGAGUCACUACUCCAGUGGUUCAUGUCUGACUGACAUAACACCCUAAUGUUGCUGGGAUUUCAGUAUUAUGUGUUUAUACGUAUUCUUUUUCUCAUUUUCUUUAUUCUGUUUUGAAGUUCUGUAUACUCUGGUAAUACCCAGUGUAGCGUGAGUGGCAAAAUUUUGAUGUUUCUGUUGAAGUACAAUAGCAGAAGCCACAUCGAAACAACUGUACAAGUUAAUCAUUUUAGAUGCAUUCUGCAGCAAAUUUUCCGUUACCUAACUUCAUCCACAGCAGUUUUAAUAGUGUGUGCAAUUUUAUAGUAGAAUAUUAUGUAUUAGAGAUCAUCUAAUAAGAGACGUUAUUCCCAUAUUACAUAGCAUAUUUCGCAGACUUUUUAUUUGUAUUGAUUCAAUUUUAAGUUUUCAUUGUGAUUUCUAAUAAUAUAAGCUAAUAUACUCGUUUUCCAAACUGUUUACUGAAGGCAGUUGUAGAAUACAGGCCACUUGGACAACCGACGUAGUCUUGCUUUCCGACCAGAAAACUUUUGUGCUUUACGAGCUGUUUCAUUUAGUGCAAUGUGCUGAAUAUGUGACAGUCAUGUAUAAUAAUUUAUGUGUAUAGAACCCUGAGGGUGAUUUUCGUAUAAUGUGGUGCUGUAAAUACAUGAGAGAACUCUGAAUGUCGUUAUGUAGAUCAUGGAAACAUGUAAACCCAUCCGUCGCUUUAUAAAUGUAACAUUAUCAGAAUCGUAAUUCAUAGCCUACAUGUAUUAGAGAAAUUGAUGUGCUGUGUCUUCUUUAAAUGUAAUAACAGAAAUUUACAAUUGAUUUAUGAUCUGCUCUUCAGCAUGAUAGGCAAUAAGAAACUUAGUUUCUACAUUUUAUGAACUGUAUUUCCUACAUAGUAAUGUUAAGUGUUUCCUUUAUUACUAUAGUACAGCUAUUUACAUGUCGCAGUCAUAACCAUUUGAUAACUUAAGGAAAAUAAGUUAGAGGACAGUAGAUAGUAUUUGCUAAAUACG